GAAAAGAAAUGGAAACUCUCGAAGAUCCUGGUACUUUUGGUUUGUCUCCUGCGAAGGGCCGGAUGAGGGAUCAGGUCGGCUGGGGGCUUGUGCUGCUUCUCUCUGUGCUUGCCUAUGGUUCGCAUGCGCCUUUGAUCAGCCUGUGCAAGGUGGGCGGGAGGGUGCCCUUCAGUUCCUCCUCUGUUGUUGUUCUGGUCGAGCUGGUGAAGCUCACCGUGUCUUCCGUGUUAUUCCUAGCUCAUGACCACGGUUCUUCCGCCAGCAGGGACGCCAUCUCAGCAUGGGCAGCCCUCCCGUUUGCUGUGCCCGCCUCCCUGUACGCAGUCAACAACAACCUGGUCGUCCACAUGCAACAUCAUAUGGACCCCGUGACCUUUCAGGUGCUGAGCAAUCUGAAGAUUGCAGCCACUGCUGCCUUCUACAGCCUGCUGCUCCGCCAGUGGCUGUCCGCGCGCAAAUGGCUGGCGCUCUGUCUGCUGAUGGCAGCUGGGAUUUGCCACACUGGUGCCAUGCAUGGCCAGGCAGGAGAGAGAGAGCCAAUGACCCAUGACCGCAUGUACAUCACUCUGCAGGGUGCGAUCGCCAUUGCUGCCUACUGCUCGAUAUCCGGCCUCUCUGCAGUGUACACGGAGUGGGCUCUGAAGUCCCAGCCGCUGCCCCUCAACCUCCAGAACUUGUUCCUGUACACAUUUGGUGUUGCAGUCAACUUGGUGGUGCACACAGCCAGCUCCCCCUCCACCAGCUUCUUCCAGGGCUACUCGGUCUGGGUUGCUGUGAUAGUUGGCAGCCAGGCUCUGAAUGGCUUGCUGAUGUCAGUCAUCAUGAAGUACAACAACAGCAUGACCAGACUCUUUGUCAUUUCCUGCUCCAUGUUAGUUAAUGCAGUCCUCUCCAUCUUUUUGUUUAACCUCCAGCUCACCCCAUUGUUCUUUGUAGCAGUGGGGCUGAUCUGCCUGGCUAUUCACCUCUACUAUCGAGUUAGGUAGUACUGACUGACAGGAUUGUAGUGUUUUUGGAUUCAGAUUGUAACCUCCCUAUCCCAUCCAAUCUGUUUUAGUUUUACAGAAUACCUUUUUGUGCUAAGCUUUCUAACUCUGACUCCCACCGGGUUUGGUCUACCUUGCCUCAUGGGACAUGAUGUUGAUUUUACUGAAGUGAAGAUGGUUAAAGUAAGGGAAUCACCAUAGAAUUGAGCUGUUAGUUUACAACAUCUUAAUGUCUCAACACGGGAACCAUUGUUCUUCACAUUCUUACUGUUGGGACUUUAGCCACUACUGCUUCAUCUCCUGCAUCUCUCUGUCACAUGGCUUGUCACCCUAAGGAGAUGUUCUUUAAACAAAAGCAUUUUCCUCUUUAAUUUCUAUGAAUUUUUGUUUGGAUGAUAUUUGAAACCAAAAACUUCAAAUCAGUUUAUGUCAUUAUUUUACUUCUGGGGCCCUCUCUCUUUUGUUUGGUGCUGUGUGACUUCCUGCUGGCUAUUGAGAGUCCAGAGCCACUCCCCUAGCGAGCGAGCCAGACUGAUAUUGGGUUUGCUGGAGACAGAAAAUUGAAGCAAAGGAGAACUCAAAACAAAACUUCAUGGGCCUCCCUUUUGUCUUUUUACUAAUUAUUUAUUUCAAUAGGAAAGCGAUCUUAGUCUUAAAAAGAGGAACAGGCUAUUCAGCCCUUCUAAUCUACUUUAUAAGAGAUAAGAAUAGGAGUGGACAGUUCAAACCCCAAGCCUGCUUUAUCAGUCAAUAAGAUUGUAUCACUUUGCUCGCCCUCGGUUUUCCUCUGCUAACAAACUGCUUCGAUCCAAGUCUGGAAGCCUUCACUUUGUAAUUCUGGAAGAGAGGGUUCCAGAUUUCUAUCAGCCUCUGUGUAGAGAUAGGCUGACCAACAUAAAACAAGGGUCAAGCUCGAAUUGUAGACAGGUUAAGAGCUGGCAGAAGAAAAACGAUUUCAUGUUUUAAGCAUAAGCCCAACCUGAAUGCCUUCUGAUGAAAGAUUAUCUCAAGAAACAUAUUCUGCCCAAAACACACAAUAACACUAUUACAGCUUAACUGAUCCAUUCCACACUCAGCCUGCACUAUCUUUCUAUCUUUCCCUUUAACAAGUGGUUAAUCAUUAGGGUGGAGUUCUAUUGGUGUCAUUCAUAGCUCUGGUAAUCUGCUGUUCAACUACAAAUGGCAUCACAAUCACACUUUAUUUGGUUCGAUGAUGCCUCUGGGCAGCGAUCUAGAGGUGGAAAAACUCUACCCCUUAACACUCAGUCUUGAAAUUGACUUUGUAGAAUUUCUCCUGCACACAUGAACUAACUCAGCAUGGACCAGACAGUGUUUCAGAAACUUUUUAUUUGAUCUUCGUGACUCUCAUUAUCCGUGGCGUUGCCUGGUUCAAUAUCUGAUCAGUGGUGGUCCCCUCACCCCAGGAUAAAGCUGCCCUGUUGUUUGUGGGUUGGCUUUUUCUUGGUCAUUGAGGGACAGUUGCCUGAUUUCAGUCCUGAUGGAGGGCAGUUCCUGAAUGAAUAGCACAUCCUUCCUGGCUUCAUCGUUUUGAUUAUCCAACAGGGAGGAUAGGCUGGCAGUGGGCCUCAGUGUCCAGUUUCCAUUUGGCAAACGCAGGAUGUUAGGAAGUCUUCAGAAGGUUGCCUCAGUUCUAAUGCAAUUGAGGGGCUGUUACAAGAACUCUGCUUCCUCACCCCUCUGCAGCAACCUCUGUUGCCGGACACCACAGCACUUUUGUUAGCUCUUCCCCCAUAACAAUCGAGGGCAUUCACCUCAGGGGUAGUGAUGAUUUCAGGGAUCAGAAGGGGUUUUCAUGAGUUGUGAUGUCCCCUACAGUUAACCUGAGCAAUAUUGAAGCUUUCCUGUGAAGGAAAACCACCUUGUGUAGGUUGCAUGUGGGCACACUCCAUUGUGUGAUGUUCCCCCAUCUGUCAUAGUGAUCUCUGAUAUCUGUUUCCCAGUGGCUGUUUACAUCCAUGGUUCAAUUUUCCUUUAAGUUAAAAGUCAAGAGAAUUGGCUAAAACAAAGUCUGUCUUUAUUUUAAGGUGGCAGCUGACUGGGGUAUCUCCAACAAGGUUUUAUAUAUUGCCAGGAGAUUUUUCCAAGACCCUGUCUUCUGUCUGUUAACACCAUCAUUAACUAUAGACAGUGACACUGUGUCUUGUGACAUUUCAAAAAUUCAAUGCAUCUAGAAUAAUCUCACUAUGUUUACAUAUCAUACUUAAACUCAGUUUAAAAUUCCUUAACCAUUGUGUAGUUUUCUGUGUUGACGCAAUAUGAACAUUUAAAAAUAUAUAAAUGCUGCACACGAAAUCACAUUGUAAUAACGAUUAUUAGAAAUGUAGAGGAAAUUUUUUUUCUUCAUUGAAAAUAAUGAUUUCGAAAUCUGUUUUCAGUGUUCAGGUUUAAAUGCUUGCUUUUUUAGCUGUUUGGCUGCAGAGGCAGCUGCUCAUGCUGCUUUAAGGUUGCAAUAGCAGCUUGCACCAAAAACUCAAUGAUGUACACAUAUUCAUGCAUGCCUUAUCCCGAAUAUUCUCAUUUAUGCUAGAAAUACCGAAUUGAAAGUUCCUGAGGCGAUGCAGUGAUGUGAUGAGUUUAGAGACUUGCCUUACACAUCAGGGGAGCUCUGUUCAAAAGAAAUCCCAUGUUAAAGUCUCUUGCCUGGUCACCCACAGGGAUUCUGCAACUUUCCAGAUAACCCACACUCCUAACCUCGAGGUAGUGAGCUUACAAUGGCAGUGUUACCCUUGGAUGAAGCUAGAGGAUUGUUGGUGUCUGUGUGAGGAAUUCACAGCCUGGAGGGUGUGUUGCCCUGUCUGUGCACACUACUGAUGACCAAAGCUGAAACUCUUGUGUUUCAUGCUCCUCAACAUCCUGUGCCUUUCCUCCAGAAUUCACCCAAACAAACACAAGGCUAUUUUAACGUUUUUCAUGUUAAGGGGUUUUUUAUGUAAUUUUAUAUGGAUUUCUUGGAUACCAACUUCAGGUUUUUCGUAAACUUUGCACGUUUUAAUUUUUGUUUUCAAUACAUUUUUUGUAGAAACUGAAGUUUCAGUACCACCAUUGAAUUUUAAAUUGGGGAAUGUGUUGCAAUUAAUGCAAAGCAAUUCCCUUUUAUAUGUACUCAACUCUUCUCCUCAACACUGCCAUGUCUUGAGAAGAGGGCAAAUAUUUCUUUACUGACUGAAAAUAAUUGAUGAAGUUUUUGUUAACAUUCACAACUUGAAGCAGUGUUUUGCCUUGGGUCACAUACAGAAUCAAUGAAUAAAUAAAUAUGUGUGUUAAUUGAAUUAAUCCUACUUUUCCUAAAUCUCAGUUUAGGAAUGUCCAAAGCAAAAGAUCUGCCCAGAGCAGCAGAUGCAAUAGAUGCUGGAUAAAAUUUAUCUCUCUCACUUUCUUUAUCUCCCUCAAACAUGCAUGCGUACACCGUCUCUCACGUACAAUGGAGGUGCCAGUGUUGGAUUGAGAUUGACAAAGUCAGAAGUCACACGAUACCAGGUUAUAAUCCAACAGGAUUAUUUGAAAUUGCAAACUGAAAUUGUGAUUUCAAAUAAACCUGUUGGACUACAGGCUGGUGGCAUGUGACUUCUGACUUUCUCUCUUUGUCUCUCACACUUGCACUUAAUUGAGCGGAUACCAUUGUGCUACAUAUGAAUGAUUAUGCUGUUGGAUGAGUUCACACUUUGACUUUAAGACCACUGGUUUGGGUGCAGAAAGUGACCUAACCUUUAAAAUUAUAUUCUUGAUGACAAAGCCUGGCUUACUGUGGCUGUAGAUAAUGUUUGGCUGGUGCAGAAUUUCCUGUAAACAAUGCAAUGGAGUAAUUUAGUUUUAAAGAUUGGGAUAUUUGUGUCUGUGUUGUCUCCCAGUUUCCUCCAAGCUAGUUCAUACUUUAUCAAAACAACUGCAUGUUAACAGACCCCCAUGUAAAAAUGCAGUAAAUCUUCUGAAUUUUUACCAGUCCUUAUGGACUUGUUAACUUACAUGUGCAGUGGGACCCAUGACCACAUUUCAGCUGUUAAACAGUUUUCUACAGUAAUCAAAUGUUUUCCCUGAGACAUAUAACAAUUUAUCAAGUGUCAUCAAAAUAACUUUGUGUUUUAAACAGAUGCAUGUUUUUUCCAUUUUUAACAUUCCUUUUAUUUUAUGACAUAUUAAUGAGGUUUUCAUGAAAUUACACAGUGACUCAGUGCUUGAAAGAGUAGUGCAAAUUCAUCCGUGGCUUACCAGUUAGACUUUCAAUUUUUUUUCUCCCUGUGAAAUGAAUUUGUUAUCAGGGAAUGAAAUUGUGAUGAUCUCCAAUUUAUAAUCCACCCUUCCCACUUCUACCAUCUUACACACAGGAUCCGUCCCGAUAAUGCAAUAGAAAUCAGUCAGAACAAGUAAUUUGGGCCUGCCAUCCAGUUACUGGGAAUCAGGAUGCUUUUUUUUUAAACCAGAGUUUCAUGUCCAGUUACUUUCCCUUUGCAAUGGCCUGCAAACAAACAAGAAAAACAGACCCAGCUUUGACCUCAAAUAUAGAUGGUGUUAAUGUUCUUUCCAAACUUUCUUUUUUAAGAUUUUCAAUGCAAUGAGUUAGUUUUCGUUAUUAAGAAAAGGAAAGUACAUUGGGCUGUUUAAAAUUUUGCAAAACAGAAAUGUAACUUGGGAACUCUGGAAGAAUGCUAUCAUCGUAAUGUAAACAUAAUCUCUAAGUUAUGUUAUAUAAAUUAAAGAUAUUUUAUAAAGUUA